UUAUGUAUCUGUUGAGAUAAUGUUAUAUGUAAAGAAUCAAUAAUUAGUUUAAUACACAAUCAAGCUGCAAAAAAAAACAGAAAUGGAUGUAAACAAUGAAAAGUCAUUAAUAAGUAAAGAAACUUUAUAUGCAGGCGACACUUAUAUACCAUUAAAGUCAGGAACUCGAGUAAAAUUUCAUUUUCAAACAAGAAAACUCAAUGAUGGCAAAUUAUUGGACGAUAGCAAGAAAAUGGCUAUGCCCAUGGAAUUGGUUCUGGGCAAAAAGUUCAAGCUUGAAGUCUGGGAAGCUAUAGUCCAAAAAAUGGCCUUACAUGAAAUUGCUAAAUUUAAAGUAGACAAAUCGCUCGUAGCGCAAUAUCCUUUUAUAUCAAAAACACUACGUGAAGUGGGAAAAAAACCUGAGGAACGACGACAUUGUUGUGGUAUGACUAUGCAAAAUGAAGGCACUGGUCACAAAGAUUUAGAUGUUUUAUUCAUGCAACCAAGUGAUUUAGAAUUUACCAUUGAGCUUAUAUCGAUUGAAUUGCCAGAACAAUAUGAAAAAGAACGUUGGCAAAUGUCUGAUGCAGAAAAAAUAAAAGCAGCAAAUACUCUACAUGAAAAAGGAAACUCA